AUGGAUGCAAAGCCUCAGCGACCUUUUCGUCCCCUUCGUGUUCCUGGAGAUGAGAACUUGCUACCCCCUAUCAACCCUGCCGGGAAGACACUCCACCAUCGCAAUAAAUCGACGCCGGCAUUGUCAACACUGGCUGGGCCUGGGAGGGCGAAGAACGCCCUUAAGCGUACAGCUUUUGGGGAUCUUAGCAACACGGCAUGUGCUACGCGACCACUCAGGGAUGAUGCAGCGGUCAGCGACCGGAGGGGGAGUAGCAAGGCAGUUGUGAAUGCUAAGCCAGUUAAUGUAGCUCAAGGGAACGAUCGGAUGAAAAAGGGCUUGCAACAUUCGUCUGUGUCGAUCAGCUCAGAUGAGCCUGCGGCCUUGAGGUUAGAUGGAGUAUAUAUCGAAAAGACCGGAGAGAUCAAGCUUUAUUCGCCUCAUGAAACAGCGGACAGGAUGCAUGAAAAGCCCGUGGCUAGUUCCAAAGCAAAACUAGAUAUCACUAGUAACGCCGAAGUUGUAUCUACGAAGGCUGUUGCUGAUCACGUUGGUAUCCCUUCUGAAAACUCAGGCCCUACUCGUGUUAAGCACGACCGUGUACAUUUGCCUUCGGAACCGGAAGAAUAUUGGGACGAGGAUGAUGAUGAUAACUACGAGGAGGAAGAAUACGUUACCGCUCGCUCACAUCGAUCCCGUGAUAAUACCACUGGAGGUGCCACGGUUCUUCUGAUGCCAAAGGUUACACAGAAGGUACAGCGAGAGUUGGGAAUUGCGAAACAAAUUGUUGAAGCAACGCGCACCCCGGAGGAUAUUGAGGAUGAAGCUUGGGAUACUAGCAUGGUUGCGGAGUAUAGUGAUGAGAUAUUCCAGUAUAUGAGGGAGCUUGAGAUGAGACUCUUGCCCAAUGCCCAUUAUAUGGAUAAUCAAGCAGAGAUUCAAUGGUCGAUGCGAUCUGUUCUUAUGGACUGGCUUGUCCAGGUCCAUCAUCGAUUCUCUUUGCUCCCAGAAACCCUUUUCCUAUGCGUCAACUACAUUGACCGAUUUUUGUCAUGCAAAAUUGUUUCUCUUGGCAAGUUACAGCUUGUUGGGGCUACUGCAAUUUUCAUUGCAGCUAAGUACGAGGAAAUCAACUGCCCAUCUCUCCAAGAGAUUAUCUACAUGGUAGACAACGGAUAUACCGCCGAUGAAAUUUUGAAGGCAGAGCGUUUUAUGCUAAGCAUGCUUCAAUUCGAGCUCGGUUGGCCGGGUCCCAUGAGUUUCCUCCGACGGAUUAGUAAGGCCGACGACUACGACUUGGAGACGCGGACUCUUGCCAAGUAUUUCCUAGAGAUUACCAUCAUGGAUGAGCGCUUUGUAGCUGAAGCUCCAAUGUGGUGGAAUUCUGCUGGUGCUCAUUGCCUCGCGAGAUUGAUGCUGAGGAAGGGAACUUGGACGCCUGCGCAUGUAUAUUAUUCAAAUUAUACAUACUCCCAGUUGUAUCCUCUCGUUUCGCUCAUUCUUGAGUGCUGCGAGAACCCGGAGAAGCAUCACUCAGCUGUCUACGAAAAGUAUUCGGACAGACGAUUCAAGCGGGCAUCUACUUUCGUCAAGGCCGAGAUGAUGAAGAAAUUCAAGCUCCCAGAAGCAACCCGCGAGGGCUCCGCUGCUCAUCUAAUAAACCUCUUCGAGGACCCGUCCAUCUGGCGCCGUCAGUAAUCCACUUGGAUUUGCUUUGACAACCACUCCUUUGUGUUUACCAUUGCGUAUUGUUUCUUUAUACCUUGUUCGGAUUUCCCCACUGUUGCAGGUUACCCACAGCAGAAUGUCUCCUCGGUUUUACUUCGACAAAACACUCGUUUAUAAAUUUAACGAUUAGAUACCCACUUCUUUCCUUGAUUCGCCAUCGUUUUCUAACUUCUCAUUCGCCGAACUGCAUCACGCAUCUUUUAUAAUUUGCCGCAUUCUCCCGUUUCACCGAUUGCAAGCGCGUAUCUCUUGUAUAUCCUACGCUCCUUUAUCUUUAGCUAUUCCAGCGACCCACGACAUCUCCUAUGUUACUUUUAAUUAUAUCCCGACCGGCGCAUCGUGGCGUAUACAGGCCGCCCAUCCGGGUUGAUUGUAUUUUUUUUAAAAAAAUCAACCAUGUGCCAAGGCGUUUAAUUUUUAAUUCUCAUAGUGGCGUUGUAUAGAUUUUAUUUUCUGUGGGUAUUCCAAAGCAAGGAUGCGGCCGUUCGUAUUUUUGUUCUUGUUCCGCCUACGACAAUUUUCGGACGAACCAUUUUUAUCCAUCAUUUCUCCCUUAAUAUCUUCGAUACCUUGUCACUGGUCUUACCCCUUGACUUUCCGACUCGCCAGAAUAAGCAUUCGCAUCCGCAUUUUUUGUUUUCUUAUUCCUUUUUUGGGCACAUUGGCACGACACACCGGUUUUAUACAUUCGUUCGUUUGAGUUUCCCAUGCCCAAGUGUGCUAGAUCAUCGGCCCUGUUUCUCCAUUUCGACUCUUCUUUAUUUCUCAAUUGCCUGUUUUCAUCGAAGGUCAUAUGCGGAGAUGGUACACCCCGUUGUUGCCGUUUUUUUAGACCUUUAAACAUGUGCUCUUUACUUCCUCUAGGCGCCUACAUGGCAUGGGAGGAUCUUUAUUUGGGCCGUCUUCUAUCCUAUCUCUCUCUCUCGCCUUUUCUUUUCUCUUCUUCAGUAUCUAAUGGGAUGGUCUGGGGCUAGGAGGGGGAAAUGGGUGAUUCAUGUUCUUGUUUGGUUUUUGGGGCUCUUUUUUUUGCUCGGGUGGGAUGGCCAGGCACGCGAAUGGAGUUGUCGGAUUCUGCUCUUUUCCAAGUUUACCGGUCUGCCUUUUCCUUUUAUUUAGCUUGCUCAGUUUCUUUUUAUCUCUUAUGGUUUAGCUUUAUUGUGCUUCAUUCUAUUAUUUUGUGAGUGGUU